AAUGUCCAAACGCUAUACACAUUGAAAGUCAUUGAAUGCCAACAAAAAUGGCUUUUUUCGCGAGAAAUGCCUACUUUUUCGGCACCAAAUUCGUGGCCAAACACAAGCUGCUGACCACCGGCGCCGGCCUACUGGGCGCCUCCAGCGUCGGGCUAUACUACGCGCUGAACGAGUCGGUCAAGGCGUCCGAUCUUGAACUCCACGCCCCGUCCUAUCCAUGGGCUCACAACGGAGUGCUCAAGAGUUUCGAUCAUCAGAGGUAUGCCUACUGCCGGUCCCGACCUCCCGGUGCCCUCCACGGGGUCGGUGUCGCAAGCGAUGGCCCGGUGGGCGGCCCGGGGUUUGGCUAUAGUUUUGUGGAGUUUAGGAGGUGUUUGUGCGACAGGGGGUGUAGUGGUGGCCUUAUAGAGGGGUUAAAUAUGAUAUCGGGUAUCCGGAGGGGGUAUGAGGUGUACAAACAGGUGUGCGCCGCCUGUCACGGCUUGAAGUACGUGUCCUAUCGAGAGCUGGUCGGUGUGUCCCAUACGGAGGCCGAGGCCAAGGCGGAGGCGUCUGAGAUCCAAGUGCUGGACGGACCGGACGACACGGGAAAGAUGUUUCUACGGCCGGGAAAACUGUUCGAUCAGUUCCCGACCCCCUAUCCCAACGAGGAGGCCGCCCGGGCAGCCAAUAACGGUGCACUCCCUCCCGAUCUCAGUCUCAUCGUACUGGCCAGACAUGGCAACGAGGAUUACAUAUUUUCUCUGCUGACGGGUUAUGUGGACCCACCGGCCGGCGUGACACUGGCGGACGGCAUGCACUUCAACCCGUACUUCGCGAGCGGGUCGGGCGCUAUCGGUAUGGCUCAGGCGCUGUACAGCGAGGCCAUCGAGUACUCGGACGGCACGCCCGCCACGCAGUCCCAGAUGGCUAAAGAUGUGGUCAAUUUCCUGAGUUGGGCCGCGCAGCCCGAGCACGACAAACGCAAACAGCUCACCAUCGAUGUGUGCCUAAUACUGGUGCCGUUGACGCUGAUGAUGAUCUACUGGAAGCGCUUCCUGUGGUCGACACUGAAGUCGAGGAAAAUCAUAUUCAGAGAGCCAUCGAAACCGCCGACAAAGAAGUCUUAGUUCACAACACUUUAGACUUUAUUGUAAUGAAAAUAUAAUAGACUUUUAAUUAUAAAUAAUAACGAAUCAGUAGUUAUUUAAAUGUGAGACAAAUUUUUUGAAAUUUUAAUUAUUAUUGAGAUUUAAGACUAAAUUUUAGCUCAAAAAUAGUUAAUAAAAAUUGAUUUUUUCGAUGGG